GAAAUAUGAAACGAGUCUUCGCGACGGAAAUCUGACUGUCGCAAAUUAAUCGUUUUCUGCAAAUUUACAGUAAUGCAAUACCGAUCUAUAAACUACAGAAUAGACACGAAGAAGAAAGGAUUGUCGCGAAUUAUCAGAAUAAGUGUGUCCGCGCCAAUGGGCGCGCGUGUUCGCGCGCGGCCGUCGCUAGCCGCUAGCGUCGCGUCAGUUCGAUCGUGGAGCGGCGAAUCAAGUCAAAGGGUAGGAGAUGGUGGUGAGCGUACCGGCGAGCGCGGUCAUAAGAAACGAGCGGCAGCCGGCAGCGGCAGUUCGGCAAUUGCGGCCCGGCACGUAAGGUGUAUAUGUGUAUCCGUCGCGUGAGGCGCUUUUUGCCACGUGGUGAUACGCGACCGCGUGCGUUUGCAAUUUCUUUCUUUUUCUGUUCUUUAUCCAUUUUCCGUUCUCGUUUAUCUUCCUUAGUUUCCGUUUUCCCUUCGCCUUGUCCGCAUAUGUCACCGUUAACCGCAUCGCAUGCACUCGCGGUAGUGCCCACGCGGCACACCGCGGCAACCGUUGCCCUUCGAGUAAUCGCGUGAAAACGUGCGUGACACUUGCGCGCGCGCACGCGCGCGCGUACACGCGCGUGCUCCGAUUUCGAAAAGAACUUUUAACACGACGCACGGAAGAUGCCGGACAAGGUAGCGCCAGCGGAAAAGUCGGUGUUGUCGCAGUCCAAAGCUGCGAGAUCCAACAGCGAUGAAGGUAUCAAAUUGAAAAAGGAAUUGGGUUUGUGGAAUGGCGUGGCGAUCAUCGUCGGUAUCAUCGUCGGCGCCGGUAUCUUCGUGUCGCCCAAAGGCGUGCUUAGGAACAGUGGCAGCGUCGGCCAGGCUCUCAUUGUCUGGAUUUUUUCCGGGAUCCUGUCGCUUAUCGGAGCCCUAUGUUAUGCCGAGCUCGGUACGAUGAUCCCCAAAUCUGGCGGCGAUUAUGCAUACAUUAGCGAUGCUUUCGGACCUUUGCCAGCGUUCCUCUACCUUUGGGUCGCCUUGUUCAUCUUGGUGCCAACGGGGAACGCAAUCACGGCCCUCACGUUCGCACAAUACAUACUGCAACCUGUAUGGCCUGGAUGCGAGCCGCCGUAUGCAGCGAUUCGACUACUCGCUGCUGUGAUCACAUGUCUGUUAACCGUCAUUAACUGCUAUAAUGUUAAAUGGGCAACCAGAGUGCAGGACAUCUUCACUGGCACUAAAAUCUUCGCUCUAGUAAUCAUCAUGGUAGCCGGUGUCUGGUGGCUCUGCAUGGGCCACACGGAGAACUUCCAACAUCCAAUGUCUGGCACUAAUACUCAACCCGGUUACAUCGCUCUGGCAGUAUAUUCCGGACUGUUCUCUUAUUCAGGCUGGAAUUAUCUCAACUUUGUGACGGAGGAGUUAAAAGAUCCCUACAAGAAUCUUCCGAAGGCGAUUUGUAUAUCACUGCCGUUGGUGACAGUGAUUUAUGUUUUCGCGAACAUUGCCUACUUUGUCGUACUCACGCAGGAUGAAAUACUCGCGUCGAAUGCUGUCGCUGUUUGCAUUAUCACCCUGAUACUCCUCAUCAUAGAGGAUGUCUACGUACUAAUAAAUUAUGUCAGCUUCGUUGAGGCUCUAUUUACCACACUGUCCGUGUCUGGUCUAUUGUGGUUACGUUACAAAAAGCCCGAUCUCCAUCGUCCGAUAAAGGUUUCUAUCAUUUUGCCAAUCAUUUUCUUCAUAAUCUGCGCAUUUUUGGUCACCUUGCCGUGUUAUGUCUCGCCCUGGGAAGUAGGUAUAGGCAUAAUCAUAAUUCUAUCUGGCAUUCCUGUGUACUGUAUAUUCAUCGAUGAGAAAACGAAGCCCGCUUGGCUCAUCAAUGUAUCCUAUAAUUUCAACAUAGCAUGCGCAAAACUAUUCAUGUGCGUGCAAGAAGAUAAGACGGAGUGAGUGCUCAAAACUCGCAAUAAUCUUUACGACAAACUCCGAACUGAGACAUUCGAAUUUAAGAGUGCAUUUCGCACGCGUCGUACUUUUUCAUAGAUAGAUAGAAAAUAUAGUUUUGAAUAGAUACAAUGCUGAUCAUUGUCUUCUAUCAAACAAUUGCAUGAUUGCAUAAGUAUUAACGAUAAUGCGUGAACGACCGAUA